UCUCUAAUGACUCGCAUUGUUUACAUUAUUUCGCAGGCUGAAAAUUAAUAGAAACUCGGUGAAUAUAAAAGUAAUUCCCGUGGCAAAGCCAAGCCUCAGUUUUACAUGAGCUGCCGACGGCAGAAGUACGUAUCCGGAGGGCCAAGGAGCGCCAUUGGAGGCCAUCGAGGAGUCGCAAUCGCGGGCUUGCAGCCACAUUUCUGGCGUGACUGCGGCGCAUUAAAUCACCGGCCAAAUCGCGGCGACGAACAACAACCGGAAGUGCAGCGCGAAAGGAGCAACUGGUGGUCACACAAAUGGAGGUUUACGCCUGGGGUGCCAAUUCUCACGGCCAGCUCGGCCUUGGCUUUGAGUCGGAAUUGUGCAUGACACCGCAGCGGGUGACCAAAUGCUCCUUCGCCGUCUCCCAGGUGCGCCUCAUUCGCGGAGGUGGUGGCCACGUCCUCAUCCUCGACACGAACGGAAGGGUUCACUCCUGCGGCUGGAAUAAUCGUGGGCAACUGGGACUGGACUCCACGGAGGAGUGCCACAACGAGUUCAAGAUGAUUCCCACCGAGUACUUUGGGGAAGUACCUGUGGAAACCAUCAGUUGUGGAUGGGAUAUUUCAGGAGCAAUAACGCUAACCAAACGUCUAUAUGUCUGGGGCUCGAAUGCGUUCCAGCAGUUGGGGAUUUGCCAGCGCGGAUUCAUUGCAGUCAGACGACCGAUGCCAGUAAAACUGCCGCGUGAGGAGCCCGCUCAAAGGAUCAGCUUUGGCAUGCGGCACUGUGCCGUCCUCACGCAGGACAACAAGAUCUAUGUUUUCGGACGACUCAGAAUCAUGGAUCCACCGCCCAUUGAACUGGAUAUCACGGCCACCUGCCUGCACCGGUGCAAUACGGUGAAGAUACAGGUCCACAAUCCGAACGAGCUGCGGAUAGUUUCCAUUUCGAGUGGCCAGAAUCAUAUGCUGCUCAAGUGCGUCGAUCUCAGCGAGGCGGGCAAUGGCAACACCAAGAGAAUCCUGACCCUGGGAGACAACAAGUUCGGACAGUCGAAUGCCUUUCAAUUCGAGGAGGAUGUGCGACAAUUGGCCGUGGGCUGGACCCACAAUGCGGCUGUGCUGAGAAACGGCGAGAUCCUCGUGUGGGGUCGCAACUGCUAUGGACAACUGGGAACCGGAUCGUUCACCGAACAGCAGGCUAUUCCCACGCCACUUCGCCUGAAACUUCCGGAGGAUCAGAGCCCAGCCAGGAUUCAUAUGGGAGCCGAGCACGGGCUACUUAGAACCACGGCUGGAGAGAUUUACACCUGGGGAUGGAACGAGCACGGAAAUUGCGGCAACAACAGCACCGAAAAUUUAUCCACCCCAACGCUUUUACAACUGCCCCCAGUUAAGUUGUGCGGCGCUGGAGCGGGAUUUUGUUAUGCGAUUACAGAGCCUGUAAACGGACUUUGACUUUUUAAGCUUUUGUGGACUUUCGCUCUGCUAACAAUUUUAAAACAAAGUUAAUACUGUUGAUAAUAAAAACAAUUGCCAGAUUCGAA